GCCGGGGGUAGGGGAGGAUAUGGUAACGGAGGCCAGGGAGGCUAUGGUGCUGGUCUGGGAGCAGGAAAUGGCCAAGGAAUGGGGACGGGAGCCGGACUGGGCUCACAGGGUGGGAAACCACGUGGAGGAUACGGUGGUAAUGGCUAUGGCACACAGCCAGGUUACGGGGCUGGAGCUGGAGCCAGAGGCUAUCCACGACCAGGUGCUGGAGCUGGGUAUCCCAAUGGACAGGGAUCUAAGGGACCAAAACCGGGAUAUGGUGCAGGAGCUGGAGUGCCCAAUGGACAGGGUGCUAAACCCAAUGGGUAUGCUGCAGGAGCUGGAGGAGUUCCCACUGGACAGGGUGCUAAACCAUCCAAACAGGGAUAUGGUGCAGGAGCUGGAGUGCCCAAUGGACAGGGUGCUAAGCCCAAUGGAUAUGGUCCAGGAGCUGGAGUUCCCAAAGGUCAGGGAGCCAAAGGCAAUGGCUACGGUGCUGGAGCAGGCAGCUACCCUGGGGCAGGAAACAACGGCUAUGGAGCAGGUCUUGGACAAGGAGGAUACCCCCAGAAUGGAGCAGGUGCCAGUCUGGGACAGGGAGGAUACCCCCAGGGUGGAGCAGGGGAAUACCCCCAGGGUGGAGCAGGGGGAUACCCCCAGGGUGGAGCAGGAGGAUACCCCCAGGGUGGAGCAGGGGGAUACCCCCAGGGUGGAGCAGGAGGAUACCCCCAGGGUGGAGCAGGGGGAUACCCCCAGGGUGGAGCAGGAGGAUAUCCCCAGGGUGGAGCAGGUGGAUACCCCCAGGGUGGAGCAGGAGGAUAUCCCCAGGGUGGAGCAGGAGGAUAUCCCCAGGGUGGAGCAGGUGGAUACCCCCAGGGUGGAGCAGGUGGAUACCCCCAGGGUGGAGCAGGUGGAUACCCCCAGGGUGCAGGAAAACCAGGCAAAGCUGGCGGUGGUGCUAAUCUGGGACAGGGAGGAUAUCCCCAGGGUGGAGCAGGAGGAUACCCCCAGGGUGGAGCAGGAAAAUCAGCGGGUUAUGGUGAUCAAAUGGGAGGAGCAUACCCCGGGGCUGGAGCAGGCAACGGCUAUGGGAAUGGUGGAGGCCCAGCUGGGGGGGCCAAUGCAGUGCCUGCAGGCUAUGGCAAUGGCUACGGUGCUAGUACUGGAGGCAAUGGUUAUGGAGCCGGGGGAGGAGUCAGUCAGCUUCCUUACAAUGGAGCCCCAGUCAAUACUGCUGGACUGGAUGCAGGUGAUGGAAGCUUCCCUUAUGGUGCUCAGCAACUGGGCCUUGGUGGUGAUGGAGGCAAAUCCUCUGGCAAAUAUGGCAACGGUGGAUUGCCACAGGGUGCACAACAGGGUGCACAGCCUUAUGGACCUGCGACUGGUGGUGGGAAACCACCUUGCAAAAAUGGAAACGGAGGGGGCUUUGGAGCACAGCCAGCAGGCUAUGGUCAAGGACAGCUGGGUGCAGGUCAGAGUGCCCCCUACAGUAACGGAGCAGGAGGGAAGGAAAGCAAAUAUGGUGGUGGUGGACUGACUGGAUUCUUUGGAAAUGGAGGGUACAAAGGUUAAAUCAAUCAGCUGAGGCCUUCUUGAAGUGAAUAUUUGUUCCGUUCCGUCAUGUGUUCAUGGUGAUGUUUGUUGUUUGGUCUGUUGUUACAUUUAGCUAUUCCAUUUUUGUUCUGUAUUUGUCUGUUUUUUUGUCCAUGGUCCUUGUCUUUUGUGUUGUUGUGUGUCUGUCCCCUCUCUUCCUCUACUGGUUUUGGAGAUUGUGUUGCCAGUGUGUUUGUGUUCAUAUCCAUUUCACACUAAAGGGCAGAAAGCAACCGUAUAAUGUCUGUCAGUCUCCUCAUUCUUUUAACCUUGGCAAAAGUAUGGCAAAUGUACUGUACAUGUGAUGUGGGGGUUGAGUUUUAAGACUGAAGCUCUAUGAGUUUAAAUCAACACCAAAUAAAAUACAAUUUAAAGACCUGUUCCCAAAACCUGA